AUGAAUCAGCAACAUAGCAAAAAUGCCGAAGUUCAUGGGUCGAGGUUUCGGCCCUCAAAUCCGAAUCUACCAAAAAUCGACAAACUGAGACAAGUACAGUUCAACGAGAUGCAAGACAAGAAGAGGUUGUCGAUGAGGUUCUCCGCUUUGCUGAAUUCGACAAGUCGCGUGUUCUAUCCUAAACGCGGAGAUCGAUUGAAGGUUCCCAGGUAUCAAAACACUUAUCGGCUCAGCUCAUUUAACCCUUUCGAUGUCGAAGUGGUCGAUAAACUGGUGAUGGAGACGAUGGAGAGUAAAUUAUCGCCGGUGACGGCAUAUCAUCCAAAUCACAUGGCGAAAUUGUGCUUGGAGAUUGGAUCGGAUUUGCAAAACGCACUCUGCAAAAAGGAUUACGAUAGGUAUAAAUUAGUGACGCAGGUGACUAUAGUCCAACGUCUCGAUCAAAGCGUACACACGGCGUUUCAGAGCCUCUGGGACGUGGAGCGAGACAAUUACUCUUAUUAUGUUUUCGAAAACAACCACAUUUACGCAUGGUGUUGCGUGUUCGGCCUGUAUUACGAGUGAAAUUCAUCGUCCCGGUUAAAUCUCGUUCUGUUACGCGCGGACGCGCGCUCGCGAUAUUCCCGAUAUUCGUUGCAAUUCCAAACUAAUGCUCGCUGCUUCCUUUUUUUUUUUUUUUUUUUUUUUGUAACCCGCGUGCUCGCUAGAUAUCGGUGCAAUAUCGUUGCAUAAUGAACGGGGAUGUAUAUCGCGACGUUUACGAGGAUUCACGCAGCGCGGGCGCGCACUGUUAAAUUUAUCGGAUUUUUCGCGAUCGCGCGUCUGACCGGAUGAAUCCUUUUUUUAUUGGUGAAAUAAAAAAUUAUCGCAAAGCAAUUGGCGAGAAUGGAUGUCGUGAAAUAAUUUCGAAAACUGUGUCCGAUCGGAGAAUACAGAGAGUUAACCUGACCCUCCGUAAACCGGCAAGGGUUGGGUUAAAUUGUUCGUAAAGGAUGGUUGCAAAAAGGUUUCGAUCGAUUAUGAAGUAACCAUACAGUAUUAAUAUUUAUUAGUUUCGCAACUCCGCCCCUUCCUCCUCCCUGCCCUUCCACCGACCCUGUUCGCUUUUUCAAGGUGAUUUAUCGAAGAACUUUCGGCCGGCUCGUCUACUCUCCGUCGGAAUAAUAGCCAGCGAUUUAAAGUUUCGGAAACAUGCCCGACAUUUUUAUAGAUAUUCACGGACUUAUUGGAACAUUGCGGCCAACCGAUCCCAGUUCGUUCGAUGUUCUACAAGGAAACAAGAAAUGACGAAUUUGGUUGAACCACUUCCUCCUUGAAAAUUCGUAACGUGGAUUUGCGUUCAGUUUCGUACCGGAAGCCAAUCGUUGCACGAAUAUUCGUUUACCUGGAAGCGAUAAUUAAUAGUCGAGCAAUUUUUAGAGUCGAUUAAAAUUAGGGAAAAUACGUUUGAAUGCGUUUGCCUCAGCCUAAGGAUCCAUCGUGUGAACGAAACAUCCAAGUAAUAUUUUCCGUGUCAAGGUUUCGUGAUGUUUGAGUCGAAUGGUGGUCUCUUUCGUACCGCAAUGGACGAGGAAACGCGAUGAUCCGAAUGUAUUCACAGAGUUUCGUUGCAGGUCGUUAAAAGCGAUCGUGCAUCUAUAUAGUCUUACCUAUGCCGGCAAUUUCCGAGCCCGUAGAUUUUUCGAUAAUAUGGUUACAAGAAAUAUAAGCGCCACCUUAAUGACCCCGUUGGAAAUUACGGGCGAAUGUGUGGCGCGUCGCUUGUUAAAUUAAUGGUGCAAUUUCACCAUCGUGUUCCCUGACACGACGCGUGCUUGUCGCGGUGCGAAAACUAUG